AUGGCUGCCAAAAGUACAAGUUCGCUGAUAGCUUCUGUCCUCAAUGGGACUAUCUCCAACAUCAAAGAUAGUGCUUUCUUGAUAACUUCUAACUCAAAAGUGUCCAAUGCUUACAUGAUUAGUCAAAUCUUGAAGAGUAAAUUGCACAAGAAAUGUAUUAUUAUUAAAUUUUUGAAGGACUCUUUGCCAAAGAAAUUAGUUGAACAGGCAGAAGAGGUUCAGACAGAUAACUUCACUGCGAAGAAAUUAACAGAAAAAUCGUUCAUCAUUGAAUGCAUCCCUACUCUUUCACUUGGCAAUAAGAAUAACUUCGAAAGUCUUAAAAGAAUGUUUCAAAAUGGGGAUAGUUUUGAUUCUAUCUUUACUGAACUUGGAUUAUCUGACCAUGCUAGUCUUGUCAUUGAUAGCCUCAAUAUUCUAACAAAGAUCAUAGGAUUGAAGGAGCUUGACAGGAUCAAAUUCAUCCCGAACUUGAUGCCAGUGUACUUCUUCCAAAAUCCUAAAUUAGUCAAUGAGAAAGUGAUGAAGAAAUACUCCAAGUUCUUUGAUGUGAACCUCAGACUUGAAUCAACAAACUUAGAUGAAGAUAAACUACAAGAUGUGUUUUAUAUUGGCAUCAAGAAAUCUCAUGCCCGAUUUGAGGAGAAAAAGUACUUGUUGGAAACAACUCUUUCCAGCCUGAUCACAACAAUUACUGAGUAUAAAGAACCUGAAGCAGAGGAAGAAAAGAAGGAGGAUCUGCCCCAGAGUACUUUCAGCUUAAAAUCUCAAAAUAAUGCUGAAUCUCAAGCUAGAGAUAACGUCGAAUUACCUUACUUUGUUGGAGAAAAUGAGGAUAAUGGCGACAAGAGUAAUCUUUUCACAGUGGAUGAUGAAGACAAGAUCGAAGAGGAGGAGGAUCCCGAGUAUGAUGUUGAAGAAGAAUAUUAGACUUUCAAUCCA